CUUCCCCUCAAGGAGCUUGGUCCAGUGGGAGUCAGACUCUCACGGGUCAUGAAUGCGGCUAAAACAAAGUGCCCCACGAGUUCAAGAGAGGUACCAUGAACUGACAGGGGCAGACUGACGUUUCCCAAAUGGUCUGACGGUGGGCCUUGUUGUGGAGCUGUCUCGCAAUCAGAAAAAGGAAGGGAGGCAAAUUAUUCCGAAAUCAGACUAUGAGCAAACCUGGAGGCUGGAAAGAAAGCAAUCAGGGUGGCGGAGCCUUUGGGGGUGCAAUGAAGGCCCAAUUCAUCAGGGGCUUUAGAUUAAGCUUAACCCUGCUAGCGAUCUAAUAAAGGUUGGCAUGAUUUGACUUGACUUUUAUUUUGUUUUAUAAAAGUUGAGUCUUUUCGUCUUUAAUUGUCGCUAAAGCACAAACCUCACAAAGAACUAAUUCCACCCGGUCACUUCCCCACUGGCACAAAUAUGGCGUCCUCCCUCUAAGGGGCCCGAGACACUUCCGCCCCUCUCAGAAGUGACUUCCGCUCAGCUCGGCGUGGCGGCAGUGACUGCCGUCACUUAGUCGCCGAUCAAGCCUUGGACUAAGGGUCCACGGUCACUCGAGCAGGACUUGGAUUGGAUGCUGAAUAAAACUCACCGUGAAGCAAGUCCCACUGAACGAAAAGUUGGUCGUAGCAUUUCUCAGGUAAAAGAAUCGGCACGAGCAGCCGUUUAAGCGGUCCAUCCGCCUCGGCCGCCAUAUUGCAAAGCUAGCUUCCGCCAGUCUCUCCAGACCGCCAUUGACUUUCGUUGCGCGUGCGCGUUGCGGACACUCCGCCUCCCGUUCUUUUCCCGCGGCGAAGCUGGCCCGCCCCCUGCUCCCAGUUCUUUCUGACGCUACCCACCCCCGCUCUAGUGGCGUAAAAUAAGUCUCAGUCAGGGACCACGUUUUGGACGCGCCCGGCAGCUGGAAUUCUAAAGCUUGCCGAAGCUGCACGCCUGCGCAGUUAGAUCUCCCACGCCUUUGUUGACGCUUCCAGUUUGUAAGUCAGAUUUACACCCCUGCCUUUCUCCGCUUCUCUUGCUGGGCGCCAUCUUGUCUUCUCGUAGCACACUCUGUAUUGUUCGAAGUUGAGAGAGAAGGAGCCCGAGUCUCCGAGGUGGCGUUGGGUGGGGGCGCCACUAGCUCCAGUUCUCUCGACGUCUCUAGAGGGAAGGGCGCCGGUGGGAGCAGGAGAGUCUGCACCGGGCAGGCCUCCUUAGGUGCGGCGUUGCGCGCAGGGCCCCGUGCUUGCCUUGCCUCCGGUUGGCUCAGGCCUCGGAGCAUGAGUGCGCCGGCAACUGCUGGGCCCGGGACAGUGAAGCAGAGGAGGUGGUGGGGGAGACGAGCCCAGGGCAGGGAAGGGCAACCCUUGAAUCACCCGUGGGGCACAGACUGGCCGUCUCCGGGAAGCUGAGGCCUGGCGAUGCAGCCCUGGGGUUCUCCCCCUCCCCGCUGACCCGAGGGCGCACCACGUGCUGGGCAGAGACUUCGGCGAGGCCGAGUGGACCCUGCAGCUCCGCUUGGGGAAGGGCACCUUGGACUACCUGGUGGGGGCGUUGUGCUUCGUUACCCAGCGCCGGGACGCCGACCCACGGUGCCCACCCGUGCGUCAUUCCGCUGUGGAUCAGCCCUUUGGCGGCCCCCCGAAGUCUGCAAGGUCACACGGAUGUCUGCAGGCAGAGGUGGGAUAGGAGCAUCCCAGGUGCUGCGAGGAUUUAAUCGGGCUCUUCUGCUGGCCCUGAAUACGGUGGACAGGACAGGAUAUUCUCAUUGCUCAGGAGCCACUGGCGCUGCCUUUGGGAAUGAAAUUCCACAGCCUCCCACUUAUCGCUUUGUCUGUCUGCUGCAUCUGAAACUGUACCAGGGUCAGGAAAAAGGCUGCGGGGGUGAAUGGCUCUACCGGCUUGCCAGGGAUGGGGUACUGGAGCAGCCAGUGGCCCCAAGAGGAGGAAGGAAGGGAGGCACGGCAGACCCAACACCAGCUGUGCCAGGCUUUGGGGGGGUAAACCCAUGA